AUGGACAAUUUUGGUGACAUUCCUGAAGACGUGAUUAUCAAUAUCUACUUAAGGUUGCCUGUGAAAUCUCUGUUGCGAUUCAAGUGCGUUUGCAAAUCAUGGUGUUCUAUCAUUACAAGCAGCAGGUUUAUUUAUGAGCAUUUGGAUAUGGCACUUGCAGACAACAGAAAAUCUCGUCUUCUCAUAAUGCAUCAUGCUUCAGAUACCAGCGACUUCUUCUUGUUCACUAAUGACCAACUGACGACACCAACACCUUUAACAAUUCCUAAAAAAGAUCCUUGUUAUUUUACAAUUAUAGGACACUGCCAUGGUCUAUUAUGUCUUUUUGACGGCAAUUCAGAGUUAUGCCUGUGGAAUCCAGCAACUAGAGAAAUCAAAUAUAUACCAUCGUCCCCAUUCCCUCCCCCACGCACAAUCCAUGGCGACGAGGAUGCUGAAUUUGGGUUUGGUUUUGACUGGAAAACUAGAGAUUAUAAGGUGGUCAAAUUGGUUAGGAAUUAUUAUGAUGUUAAAAACAGUUAUAACUAUGGCUAUCAAGUUAAAGUAUAUAACUUGAGAGUACAAAUUCUUGGAGGAGAAAAAUUUGUGGGACUGUGA